AUGGAGCCCCACCUGCUCGGGCUGCUCCUCGGCCUCCUGCUCUGUGGCACCAGGGUCCUCGCCGGCUACCCAAUUUGGUGGUCCCUGGCCCUGGGCCAGCAGUACACGUCCCUGGGCUCACAGCCCCUGCUCUGUGGCUCCAUCCCAGGCCUGGUCCCCAAGCAACUGCGCUUCUGCCGCAAUUACAUCGAAAUCAUGCCCAGUGUGGCUGAGGGUGUGAAGCUGGGCAUCCAGGAGUGCCAGCACCAGUUCCGAGGCCGCCGCUGGAACUGCACCACCAUUGACGACAGCCUGGCCAUCUUCGGGCCCGUCCUCGACAAAGCCACCCGCGAAUCAGCCUUUGUGCAUGCCAUCGCCUCAGCUGGGGUGGCCUUUGCUGUCACACGCUCCUGUGCCGAGGGCACCUCCACCAUCUGUGGCUGUGAUUCGCAUCAUAAGGGGCCGCCUGGAGAGGGCUGGAAGUGGGGCGGCUGCAGUGAGGACGCCGACUUCGGGGUGCUCGUGUCUCGGGAGUUUGCCGACGCACGCGAGAACAGGCCGGAUGCCCGCUCGGCUAUGAACAAGCACAACAACGAGGCUGGCCGCACGACCAUCCUGGACCACAUGCACCUCAAGUGCAAGUGCCAUGGACUGUCAGGCAGCUGCGAGGUCAAGACCUGCUGGUGGGCCCAGCCCGACUUCCGCGCCAUCGGUGACUUCCUCAAGGACAAGUACGACAGCGCCUCAGAGAUGGUGGUGGAGAAGCACCGGGAGUCCCGCGGCUGGGUGGAGACCCUCCGUGCCAAGUACGCACUCUUCAAGCCACCCACGGAGCGGGACCUGGUCUACUACGAGAACUCCCCCAACUUUUGCGAGCCCAACCCCGAGACGGGCUCCUUUGGCACCAGGGACCGGACUUGCAAUGUCACCUCCCACGGCAUCGAUGGCUGUGACCUGCUCUGCUGCGGCCGCGGCCACAACACAAGGACGGAGAAGCGCAAGGAGAAAUGCCACUGCAUCUUCCACUGGUGCUGCUAUGUGAGCUGCCAGGAGUGCAUCCGCAUCUACGACGUGCACACCUGCAAGUAGGGAGCCAGGGCACUGGGAACGGGUGAAGUGUGUGGCUGGGCAGAUUCACUGAAGUCCUAUGGGAAGCAGGACCCAGAGCUGGGCUCAGCCCUCAGCAUCAGACAGCAAGGAAUCCGGACUGUUGCCAGAUGCACGUGUGGUAAAUUACCUGGACCCAACCCGCCUGCUGCCUGGGAGGCCUCCCUCCCUCUCUCUCAUCUUAAGUUUCUCACCCCACUCUGGAUGGUGUGUGGUUUUUAAAGAAGGGGCUUUCUGUUUAGUUCUCUAGGGUCUGAUAGGAACAGACCCGAGGCUUAUCUUUGCACAUGUUAAAGAAAAUAAAAGUGAAAAAACAAAACAAAACAAAACAACCUCUACUCCAACAGAACAGGCUGGGCUAAUGUGAGCGCUCUGCCUGGUGGUGAAGAUAUCAGCGUGGGCAAGUUUCUGUUUCCCAACUGCCUCUUCUGGUGACAUUCCAAGAUGCCUGUGUGGUGGGAGUCAGGAAGUAGGACAAAGCCCUGCAGUCUCCUUUUCUCUGUCUACUCCCAUUCAAAUCUGAUAGACUUUCACAUUCUGAUAAAAGCCAUAGGGUUCGCUGGGAUAAAGUGGUAGGGAGGCCCAAGGCAAUCGUUAGAGUCGGGUUUUGAGUUUUGAAGAACCAGGA